AUGUGUGCAUGUUGCCGUCCUUCUGCCUUGCCGGGAGGCACUCGUUCAACCUCUCCGUUGCUGCUUCCCGCAGGAACAGCCGCCGGUUGCACAUGCGCAGCAGCGCCCUGCCUCCUUGGACUCACACAGAGACACAGCGUUCUCUUAAGCCAAGCUCGUUCUGGCCCAGCCUGCUCUUUGCAGGACGGGGGAAGUUCCCCCCACACCCCCAGCGGCGUGAUGCUGUUUUCUCUGCGGGAGCUGGUGCAGUGGCUGGGCUUUGCGCCCUUCGAGCUGCUCCUGCAGGCUCUGGCGCUCCUGGCGGCCUCCGUCCUGCUUGUGCUGAAGGUGGACGGGGUGGCGACCGGACUGAGCUGGUGGGGGGUCUUUGCUCCUUUCUUCGCCGCCGAUGGACUGAGCACCUAUUUCACUACCAUCGUCUCAGUGCGCCUCUUCCAGGAUGGCGAGAAGCGCCUGGCGGUGUUGCGCCUAUUCUGGAUCCUCACUUUGCUCAGCCUCAAGUUUGUCUUUGAGAUGCUUCUCUGCCAGAAGCUAGGUGAGCAGAGCCAUGAAUUGUGGUACGGACUUAUCAUGGCACCCGUCUUCAUCCUCCUCCAGCUUCUCAUGAUCCGGGCCUGCAGGGUCAACUAGAUGCCAUCCUGGGUCCUUUUGGUGCUGCAGAGACUUUUACUACGCCACUCACGAAGGGUACUAUGUCUUGCCUAAAAUGACUGUACAAGGAUGCUGCCUUGCCAAUGAUUAGCUGACUGCCAGAUUGCAUUCAAGAUCGACUUGCGGUUAACUGAAUACUUAAGCUCUUUCGCUGGCAACAAAACAAAGACCUCGGCUUUCGUACACAUCAUGUCAAUGUCUCUUUCAUGGCCAUUCCUUGUGGUUAACUGCCUCUCGCUGGUGUUCCAUUUGCUGAAAAUCAUUUGAUUUUCUGCCUUGACACAGAAGAAAGAGGAACAACAACAAAACUCUGGUUCUGCACUAACAAGAUGUUUUUACACUGAUGUCAUAUAUGGAUGAAAAGUGGGCUCAUUAUAGUGUUAUUAUUGGGUGUUUCACCUGUCUCCAAUCUCUGGAAUACCUUCAGUCUUGACUAAAGUCUGAUUGCAUUGGUUAUUUAUGAAUAAAUAUAUAAUGCAUAUA